AAGACAUCAAAAGCAGCACCAACAGUUGAAAAAAGAAGUCAACAAGCAAAAAAAAAAGAGUCACAAAAUAAUUUCCAUCAAAAAUAAGUAAAGCUUUUGUCGUCAAUACGUCCAAGCAAUACGCAAAUCAAUAAUUGAACGAAACAACAAAUUUGGAUUAGUCAACAAAAACUGAAGAUGACGAAAGUGCAAUUUGCAGCAAUAUUUCUCUUCCUUCACAUCAUUGAAUGUCAUCGAAUUCAUUUAUCAGAUUCAAUUAUGGAUAUUAUAAAUACACAGCAUGUAGAAAAGAUUUUAGCUGAUCGUAGGCAAAACAGUAAUAAUCUUGAUGAGGAUGCAACAGAAACAGAGACCGACGUAUAUCCAACAUCGGAUACAAUUAUUGAUUUUGAUUAUAACACAAAUCAACCGCCAAGAAAUCGCGUGCCGUUACCAAUACGUGGUGAUGUCAUCAUGAAGUAUAAUGACACGUCAAUAAUUCCAUCGCUUGCGGAUCGACAUCCAAACAUGGAUCCAAGCGUGCUCGCUGAACUUCAAAAAUAUCGUGGUGAUAAAAUUCUCAAGUCAAGUAAAAGUGCACUUUUCAUAGCCAAAAAGGAGCUACUAAAGCAAGAUUGGUGCAAGACGGAACCAUUUGAGCAGAAAAUUCGUGAGGAUGGCUGUUAUAGUAAGCGCAUCACAAAUUAUUUCUGUUAUGGUCAAUGUAAUUCAUUUUACAUACCAAAGAUGUCAAAGAGACGACCAAAGGCACAUGGAAAUAAGCGAGAUCAUCGGAAUAAGCAUCGAAAUGAUUCGUUUCGAUCGUGUGCAUUUUGUAAGCCAAAGGAAUUCAAAUACACAACAGUCAUCCUCAAAUGUCCAUCACUGACGCCAAGCUUUCGUCGAAAGCAUGUACAGAUUGUAAGGGAGUGUCGAUGUAUUGCACAAAAUAUGAACUAAGAUUUUUUUUUAAAAAUAUAUUUUUUAAAUUUGUUGUUAAAAAAUGAAAAGAAAAAAAAUUAUUGCGAUUUUAUGCUAAUGAUAAUGAUGAAGUUAAAGAAAAUUUAGCGAUGUAAGAAAUGAAUUUUUUUAUGUACAUGAAAAAAAUGUUGAGUUUAUUCUGAAAUUCUCAGAAAUGAUCAUGUGCAAGAGUGGUCUUAAGUUGUGAGAAUUUUGGGUUGAAAAGUUGGAGAUAUUUGGAUGAAUUAAGAAUGUUAAGGUUAGAAACAUAAUCAGAAACCAAGUUAAAGCUAGUAACAAUGUCAAGAACCAAGUUUAAGCUAGCAACGAAUUCAAGAACCAAGUUUAAGCUAGUA